UCUGUUCCGGCAGAUAAGGGACAGCAAGGCAUGUAGUGAGCUGGUGUACGUUGGUACAGAGCUGUUGUAUGUUGAUAUAAAGGAAGAUUCUGAGGGCGAGUUUUAAAAAUUUAAGCCAGGGAGUGGAGCCGGGGUAGGUACAUUCAACUCUCUCACCUUCACCUGCUUCCUGUGUCACUCGGGUCACCACUGCCUGACCCAAACAUUGUUAUCUGGGCCCCUAUCACUCCACUCUACCUCCAAGAUGCUGUCACCGCUGCCCCUACCACGAGCUGGUACAAGUUCCUCACUGCCUCUGACGCCGAAUACCACCAGGUCAGCGCCAGCACCUGGUAGUAAAGUGAAGUCUUCCAGGUCCGUCCAGACAGCUGAAGACAAAACGCCUCUCCCUCUUCAAUCUGGAAAGGAAGAGACAUCAGUGACAUCGUCUGUGUUACAGGUGUUGGUUGGUAGGCAGAGUCAGAGCCACACACAAUCACAGCACACUACAACAACUCACUAUACGAAAACUCAUCUCUUACAGAUUAGGCUAGACCAGCUGCAGACGGAGGUUCGCCACCUGGAGACGCAGAGCGAACAACUGGAAAAAAGGAUCAAAUUCUUCCUGGGACAACACCUCAGUAUUACCUCCGCCACCGACCAGCUUGACCUCAAACUGGACUCCUUGGCCAGGUCUCACAAGUCUUUGUCCGCUCAGAUGGUGGGGCGGUGAAGAUCUGGCCAGCUGGUGGGGCGGUGACCCCUCUGGCCAACUGAUGGUGCUGGUGUCUUUUGAUCAACUAAAGAAAUAGUCUGAUCGAAAUGUCGUACUGACAAUGAAGAGUAAAUAAAAGACAGGUUAUAGAAGCUUCUAUUGUGACUACUUCUCGCUCUGUGUAGAACUUUAUGUGAAGAGCUUUAUCAGAUCAUAUGUAGAGCUUCAUCACGUCAUGUGUAGAGCUUUAUCGAGACGUGUAAAACUUUAUCGUUAGAACUUUAUCAAGUGAUUAAUAUUAUCAGGUCGUGAUAAAGUUUUACAUAAAACGAAAGAUAGUUCUAAAAAGGCAUUUACUGUGUCAUUGCAAGCUGGUAGAGAAUCAGCCAUCUUGGCCACCUGCUGCAAAACAAAAUACCCGGGAUGUGGCACAGCUUCCACAAAGAUAUAACUGACAGCAAAUUAGUAGUGCUUGACACACACCUGCGACCGCCUUGCGAAAUGUUACUUCAAGAGAAACGUCGAGUUCGCAGUUAUGCAAAGCUUUCUGAAGGUUGGUUUAAGACUCAUAGACAAACACUAGGACAUAUUUACUGGAAAAUCUUUCGGUCCUGGGACCCUGUCAACUUUUAAACCACAUAUUUCUUUUAAACCAGUUAUCGAUAUCAAUUACCAAGGUUUACAGGACACCUGGAAGUCACCCGUAAACCAGUUCCAGACCAAGUACCAGGUUACGAACUCUUUCGUGUGUGUGUAUGUGUAUACUAAUCAAGGGACGAGGACACAGUAAACAAAAAUAUGGAAGAAGAAGAGAAGCGAGACGAUUAAGUGGAGGAAAAGAUUGAAAUAAUGUUUUUCUAAGAACGAUGCGAUGCUAUUAUUCAUAAAACCCAGUUUCGUGACUGUAUUGUCUAAAGUGAAUAUUAGAAAAAAUACCUGAAGUUUAAUAGUGUAUUAAACAUGCUACUGUAGAUUGUAUUUCGUGAAGUGGUAAACCCGUGUGGGUCCUUCAGCACAAGGAUUGGUGGAGGCUCUAACUUUUAUCCUCUUGGCCAUGUUGUCAUCAGUGAGACUCUUGUGAAACUUUUGUUAAUCACCUUUGUGCUAAUGCAAGGUAAUGAACAAGGUGGAUAACAAGGUAAUGAACAAGGUGGAUAACAAGGUAAUGAACAAGGUGGAUAACAAGGAAAUGAACAAGGUGGAUAACAAGGUAAUGAACAAGGUGGAUAACAAGGUAAUGAACAAGGUGGAUAACAAGGUAAUGAACAAGGUG